GUUAAUUAAACCUCUAGGGCAGAGAGUGUGAUGGCCCAGAGACAGGCAGCUGCAGGCAAAAAGUUUGAUUUAGCAAAAUGGAAGUAUGCAGAGCUCAGAGAUGCUAUCAACACCUCAUGUGAUGUUGAACUGCUAGAGGCUUGUCGUGAGGAGUUUCACAGAAGGCUAAAAGUUUAUCAUGCCUGGAAAUCCAAGAAUAAGAAGCGCAAUGUUAAUGAACGCCAAACCAAGCAACCGGAAUCGAAUGAGGAGAGGGCGCCACAGUAUGUCAUGGAACAAGAUGGUGGCAACAAGCAGAAACAAACCAAAGCUGGUAAUGCACCACCUGCAGUACCUCCGAGGAGUGCUCAGAAGGAAGAGGCUAGUCAGCGGUAUUUCCGCAUCCCAUUUGUUCGUCCUUCUGAUCAGCAUAGAGAUGGAGAGAACAAGAAGAAGGGUUGGUGGUUUGCACAUUUUGAUGGCAAAUGGAUUUCUAGACAGAUGGAGCUUCACCCAGAUAAACAACCAGUUUUGUUGUUAGCAGGUGUAGAUGACAUGCAAAUGUGUGAGCUCAGUAUGGAGGAAACUGGGCUAACUAGAAAAAGGGGAGCAGAAAUUCUGGAACAAGAAUUUGAGAGAGAAUGGGCUAAAAAUGGAGGGGAUAUGUACCUGAAAGCUAAUGCUAACAAAGUUUCUUCUAAAAAUUUACAACAGAAAUUAGGCAUAGUAGGAAAAUAGGUGCCAUUAUAUGGAAUAUGGUUAGAUCCAGAGGCGAGGAGUCACAAAGCAUGUAGAGCUUGAGUAGAAUUGAUAUGUAUCUUGUAGUUUGAGUCUUGUCUCUCAUUUUCUUGUGUUCAUUUCACAUGUACUAGAUGGUAUUUAUUGAAGCUUUUGACAUGCAUGAAGUGGCGUGUUAAUUAUUUUAUGGACAGUGGUAUUGAGUAGUUUCGUCAGUCACAUUUAUAUUUGUAACUGUUUAACUGGAGACAAACAGGGAUGAAAACUAGGGUUAAAAAGAAUGAAUAAUGAGGUGGAAAAAUGGGAAAGACAAUCUUUUCACAUAGACAAGGUAACAGAAUGGUCAUAGAUAUUAUGAAUGGCUUAUAUAUUUUACAUUGCAGUUUUAUGAAUACUUCAAGCUGUAGUCAGUUUUCUGCCAUAAGAUGAGACUAUUUCAAGAAAUUAACAUUCUUUCCAGACGUGAAUACUGUUGUGUACUCGGUGAGAAUGAAUGAAUACCACUCGCAUUAACUAGUGAGUUAUAAACAACAGCAGCAGUGAUAUGGUCAGAAAAGUGGAGUUUUAGUUUGCAAAGCAUUUUAGAAAGCCAGUGUUUUAAAAUUGCUAUUGGUGAAUGAAAGCACAUUAGGGACACUUUUUAUAUUUGCCUAGUGCUUUUUAGAAUACAAAGUUAAUGUAUCAAACUUUUUAGUUACAAAUACUCCAUGCAAUACAUUAUUUUUUGCUUUGAUAAGGAAUGAUUCUUUGAAAUUUUUCAGGGGUGUGGUCACUUGAUUUUUAGAAAAUUGAUUCUAGUGUCAAACGCUUUGCUAGUUUUCUGUAAUGUAAGGACAAACUAAAAAAUUGCAUUGAUUUUAAACUUGAAAACUGUUUGAGUGUUAUGCAACAUCUCUAUUUUUAUAGAAAUUAUGCUUUAAAAAACUUACUUUAGGCAGUCCUCAAUCUGCAUGACAACUUGUGUACCUAAUGUACCUUCAGAGCUCAAAUGUAGAAAAUGCAGUGAUGCAUAUAUAUUGUACUUGUAUGCACCAUCUUUGACAGGUGGUGACAUAAACUUGAACAUGACAGAUCUCAGCUCACGGUCAAUAUUAUAACUGUGUAAAACAACUUAAAUUAUUUCCAUCCAACAUGAUAUGUCAGAAAAACAGCUGCAGUCGGAAUUGAGGGUGUCUUUUCUUAGUCAGUAUUAUAUUUGAAAAGCAUUAAAAUAUUUGUGAAGAAGUUUGUGGUCGGUGUCGUUAUGUUAAAAUCUGGGAUCAUUUGUGUGUUUCACAAUUAUAGAUUGAAGUUGUUCAGUUGAACAGUUGUGAGUUAUUUUAAUGUCUGUUGUGAAAGUGAGACAAACUUCAUUUGACAGAAUUUUAAAUAUGUGAUUUAUAUAUUUUAAAAGAUGUUUCUCAUAUAUUAAUCGGACAUUCCAUUAAUCAGAAAUCAAUUAUGGGACCAAUUAUACGAUUAUGUUAAAUCAUAAUUUUAUGCGGACUCUACUUCAAGGAUCAGUUGAAAAUUGAAUUAUUAAUUUUUUGGUUUUAAAUGUGAUAUUUUUCAAUUGAGCCGAAAUUGGAUAAAGGGAUACAGGCAGAUCAUGAAUGAUUAUUCUGAUAAUGCAUUACCUUUAGCAUUUACUUUUAAGUGGCAUUUGCAAGUUUCUCUAUGGUUAAUAAAA